CUUCGAAAUCCUAGGAUUUGAUGUACUAAUUGAUGCAAAGAUGAAACCUUAUGUGCUCGAGGUGAACCAUUCUCCUAGUUUCCACACGGAUUCGCAGAUUGAUCGUGAAAUCAAAGAAUCUUUGCUGUACGAUACAUUUAGUCUUCUGAAUCUGACACAUUGUGACAAACGCAGAGUGAUGGAGGAAGACAGGAGAAGAGUGAGGGACAGACUGCUGCAAGGAAUCAACAAAGACAUGCCGAAAGAUUUGUAAGUAUA